GUCUCUCCUACUUCACCAAUCAGUAAAUUUUCUUCCCAUGUUCAUCAAUUAUUCAAUUCAAUUUAUCAUUUUCUCUCUCUUAAUUUAUCAAUCAUUGAAUUCAACGGUAUUUCUCUCUUCUUUUGAUCGAUUGAUUAUUGAUAAAUAACAAUAAUCUUUCCCCAAAAUAAUGGCCAAAAAUAACUCUUGGGGCAGAGAAAAUCUAGCCCAAACCAUGCAUUUUCGCCUUCAUUUCCCCCAUUUUUGCUUUUAUCUGCUUAUUUUUAGAAUUAAAAAAACUCCAUUCUUUUUUUGCUAUUCAAUUUUGUAAAAAAAAAUUGAAAAAUAUUGGGGAAGAAAAACCUUACCCAGAAAUACAUGGAUUGUUUUUUGAAUUUCUGGGUUUGGGUUUCUGAGAAAGAAAGAUAAUUGAUUUUACCCGAAAAAAAAAUAAAAAUAAAUAAACGUAAUUAAGAGGAAAGUUGUAACUUCUUGUCAAAUUAAUUUUGAAGGGAGUAAUUUAAAUUAAAAGGAAAAAAUCCCCAAAAAAAAUAAAAAAAAAAUGGGAGGUGGUGGAGGUGGAGGAGGAAGUGGUUUAAGCAAGCCAAGGGAGCUUGAUCAAACACCAACAUGGGCUGUUGCUUCGGUUUGUGCUAUUAUUAUUCUUAUUUCCAUUGUUUUGGAGAAGGUUCUUCAUCUUAUUGGCUCGUACUUUCAUAAAAAUCAUAAGAAAGCUUUAUUUGAAGCCCUCGAGAAGGUUAAAGCAGAGCUGAUGGUGCUGGGAUUCAUUUCUUUACUUCUCACAUUUGGGCAGAACUACAUUAUCAGUAUCUGUAUACCCUUGGAACUCGCAGAUACGAUGUUGCCUUGUGCCUAUAAGCCCAAAAGCCAUAAAGGAAAUCAAAAACCCGCAGAGGGCAAUGGAGGACAUCAUCGCAGGCUCUUAUGGUAUGAGCAUAGAAUGUUAGGAGGAGGUGGGGCUGCUGUUGGAUGUAAGGAGGGUUUUGUGCCUCUGAUUUCUGCCAAUGGAUUGCAUCAACUACACAUAUUUAUAUUCUUCUUGGCAGUUUUUCAUGUACUUUAUAGUUGUAUUACAAUGGCACUUGGGAGAAUGAAGAUUCGCAGGUGGAAAGAUUGGGAACUGGAAGCAGUAAACAGUAAAGGCAGUUUUGACUCUGAUGCUGCGAAGUUUCGACUAACUCAUGAGACGUCAUUUGUAAAAGGACACUCCAGCUUUUGGACUAAAAAUCCCAUUUUAUUUGCCCUUGUUUGCUUCUUAAGGCAAUUCUACAGAACUGUUCGUAAAUCUGAUUACUUGGCACUGCGUCAUGGAUUUGUUAGCGUUCACCUAGCACCAGGAAGUAAAUUUGAUUUUCAAAAAUACAUAAAAAGAUCCUUGGAAGAUGACUUUAAGGUAGUUGUGGGUAUCAGUCCUUUGUUAUGGGCAUCUGCAGUCUUUUUUCUACUUCUUAAUGUUGAUAAAUGGGAUUCAAUGGUCUGGUUGUCCUUCCUGCCUCUCAUCGUGAUCUUGUCAGUUGGGAUGAAGCUUCAAGCAGUCAUAACACGGAUGGCAGUUGAAAUUACAGAGAGACAUGCGGUAAUCCAAGGAAUGCCUCUUGUCCAGGUCUCUGAUAAAAACUUUUGGUUUGGCUGGCCGCAGCUCAUCCUGUAUCUCAUCCAUUAUGUUUUGUUUCAGAACGCUUUCGAGAUUACUUAUUUCUUCUGGAUAUGGUAUGAGUUUGGUCUAAGAUCUUGCUUUCACUCAAAUUUUGCCAUGACUAUUGUCAGAGUUUGUCUUGGGGUAGCAGUUCAAUUCAUGUGCUGCUACAUCACACUCCCGUUGUAUGCCCUUGUGACUCAGAUGGGAUCAACUAUGAAGAGAUCGAUAUUUGAUGAGCAAACGUCAAAAGCUCUAACAAAGUGGCGUAAGAAUGCCAAGAAGAAGAAUGAUGGGAAACCAGGACCUGUGCCAACCCAAGUCCUUGGUGGAUCACCAAAACAUAAUGAAAUGGCCGACAUGACUACAGUAGAUCUUCAAGGAGAGGAUCAUCCUGAUCAUGAUCAUCCAUAACCUGUAACUGUUGACUUCAGCAGAAGAUAUUGAAGCUCAAGUUUGUAGAGCAGAAGACCCCAGUGAUAUGAGAGCUUUUGUGGGUGAAAAAGGACUUCCUUUUUCCAGUGUGUGUACGUGUGUUAGAAGACAGAACAAAACUCAUCUUUGACAGUUGAGCUCGUGAGUGACGUAUCAUUACUGAUUUGCUGUCUUGACGAUUUUCCCUAGUAUAUCAUAUACACUGCAAUGCUCAUAGAUGAUGCAUUAUACUCAGUUUUUGUGUGUUUAGACUUGUUGUCUCCCCUUUUUUGUGCGGUGAUUCUAUACUCUUUAGGACCUCAUUCAAAAUUUUGCUGUUAGUCAAAUGGCAAAUUGUAAGAGUCCGUGUUUAGUAGUAACUAAAAAGUAGAGUUGUAUAGUGUUACUUUGAAUAUUAUAAUGACAGAAGAAAAGGCAUUGAGAUA